AUGGAUACAUUAAGAAACCAAUUGGCACAGUUGGUCUUGUUAGUACCACCUGAAUCAUUCAAGGUCAAUGCCGACGAUAGCGUUGGUUCUGCAAUCUUGCAAAUCUUAAACGGAGAUUAUACAGACUUACUUGAACAUGAUUAUUUCUUUCACCAACUUUUAAGUGUGCCCGAAUUAGCCGAAAUAACAAGCAAAUACCCCAAUACCAGUUUAAUUGAAGUAUUGGUUGAGUAUGUAGGUGCUUUGGACAAGUUGUUAAACGAUAAAGUUAAACUACACCUUUUAGCUGUCUGUUUCUUGCAACUAUUCAUUCAAUCCAAUUAUACUGGUCCUUCAGUUAAAAUCAGCGUGCAAAAGGAAUUGUUUGGUGGUUCCGAACAGGUACAUUCAGAUGCAGUCAGACUUUUGAGCUUAGAAGGACAACAGGCCUACGACUUGAUGCAAGAACCAUUAUAUUUGGUUUUAGCAGAGUUGAUCUUUGAAAACUUGGUGGGUACACCAUUUGAAUUAUCGUUGUUUAAUAAAGAUGUCACUAAAAAUACUGAAAAAUUGGUCGAUUUUACCCAAGAGACACAGGCUCAACAUAAAGAUGAUGCAGUUUAUGCUUCAAUUUUCUGGUGGAAAGUAAGAACAUUGCAGGUCCACCUUUCAGUAGUAUCUGAGCCUCCAAGUUUAAUCUCCACCGUUUCGGGAAUACUAUUGCAUAAUACAAUUGCAACUGCGCUUGCGCCUAGUGGUACCUCCGAUCCUGAAUUACAAAGACUUGUACAAAUUGAAUUAUUGUUAGAACGUGCUAGAAUUCACAUUCAUGCUCAAACCGAACACUCUUCAAUAUCACCAUUGGCCCAGGUCAAACGAAUUUCCGAAUUCAACUUUUUGUUAUCGGGGGCAAAGGCAAAGAGAACCAAAUUUCAAAAGUAUCACAAUUCAGUAUUGUUAGUAUUGGCCAAGAGUAACAGAACUUCAGUUUACGAUACAGAAAGUACCAAGGAAUCACCAGAGAGUUUCAAUUUAGAUUCUGAUUUAUUAUUAGAAAGACCACAAUUUGAAUCGCUUGACGAUUUAGAAAUGAAACUCGAGCCAGAUGUAAAAAGAAUCAAAUUUGAUACCGCAGAGCAAGAAAGUCAAGAAGAUAAAUUAUUACCUAUAGCUAUUAGACAGGAUGAUAUUCCUGCCGAUUUAAAAUCACUUGAUCCAAACAACCAACCUGGUUUGAGCAAUAUUGACAACUUGCAAUUAUUAUUAAGAUUAACAGUGUUGAAACAAACGUCACCAGCUAAAGAUCCUUUAGUUGAAGAAGAAUUAAUGGCAUUGGUAAGUAGAGUAUUGUAUUCUACUGAAGGCAAUGUCAACUGGUUGAUUUUCUCACGAGCACUUUGGGAAAGAUCUUUGUUAGAAACUGAAAAAUCAAGAACUGUAGAAAGAGGUAUAUUACAAAUGACUUCGUUAAUUGAAGAAAUUGGUCUUAAGAUUAAAACCAAAAUGAUUCCUGAAGCAAUGACUGACGAUCCAAAUGCCAUUACUGCCCAAAGAUUAAGAUUUAUUCAUCAAUUGCCAUUAUUACCCCAAUGGUCUAUGGAUGUUAAACUUGCUGAAAAGUAUAUGUCUCUUGGUAUUUUGAAAUCCGCUCUUGAUAUUUAUGAAAGAUUACAAUUACCAGUUGAAGCUGCUUUAUGUUAUGCUGCUGUAAACAACGAGGCUGAAGCUGAAAGAAUCUUGAUUGAAAGAAUCAAAACCCAUCCAGAUGAUGCUCGUGCAAUCUCAAUUCUUGGUGAUAUAAAGCAAGAUCCAGAAUUAUGGUUGAUGGCUUGGGAGAUUGGCAGAUACGCCAAAGCAAAGGCAUCAUUAUCCAAAUACUACCAUGAUCCACCAGCAAGCGCGGGAAUUCCCCGUAACAUUGAUUUGUCCAUUCAACACAUGCAUGAUUCUCUUUCUGCGUACCCAUUAAGUUAUGAAAAUUGGUUCUUUUAUGGAUGCUGUGGAUUAGAAUCUCAACAAUUUGAAUUAGCGUCGGAAGCAUUCACCAGAUGUGUUGCAUUGGACGAUACUAAUUCAUACGCUUGGUCGAAUUUAGCUAGUGCUUUAUUAAAACUCGAUAAAACCAAACCGGCAUUUAAUGCAUUGCAACGUGCAGUUAGAUGUAGUGGAGAAAAUAGAAAAUCAUGGAGAAUUUACGAAAAUUAUAUGAUAGUGGCUGCAAAAUUACACGAAUGGAACGAUGUAUUGAUUGCCGCUCGAGAAAUGAUUGAUAUUAAAAAGGGUGAAGGUGAUGCCGCCAUCGAUAUUCCUGUCAUGGAAAAAUUGGUGGAAAUUCUUGUCUCGUCUGAAUUUGACCCUAACGCCAGAUUAACUCAUUAUCAAAGUUCAUGUAUUGAUUUAAUUUGUAAUAUUUUACCAAAAGUUAUCACUGCAUCUGCUAGAUGUUGGAGAAUUGUCGCCAGGGUUGAAUUAUGGAGAAGACGUCCAUGGGAAGCCUUGGAGUGUCACGAAAGAGCAUAUCGUGCUGUCAUGCACAAUCCUGAAUUAGAAUCGAAUGAAUCAGUCUGGAAUGAAGUGGUGGAUGCAUGUGCUGACUUGGUUAGUGCGUAUGAAUCGCUUGGGGAAUUGCCUGGUAGACAUGGUGCCGAUGAUUUGGUCUGUAAGGAUUGGAAAUAUAAGGCAAGAACUACGGUUAGAUCAUUGAUGUCUAAAGGUAAGGAUAUGUGGGAAGAUUCACCUGGUUGGGAUAGAUUACAAGAAAUGAAACAGGAUUUAAGUAAUAAUUAA